GUAAUCUAGAAAAAUAGAAACCUUAUCGAGUCGCAUCAUGUGGUGACGGGAAAUAGGCUUAUCUUUUGAGAAGAAACAAACUAGCUCGGCUGAGACGUAGUAGAGCUUUUGCGCAGCAAUGGCGGCCUUGAGCUGCCCAUUUCACCCUAAAGUCUACAAGAGUUCUCAAAAUAUUAAAGCUAGACCCUCCAUCUCUUGCUCAAUGCAGCCUUCUCAAAGUAAUACCAAGGUUAUUGUGAAUGGAGCAGCAAAAGAAAUAGGAAGGGCAGCAGUAAUUGCAGUGACCAGAGCUAGAGGAAUGGAGGUGGCUGGUGCAGUGGAUUCCCAUCUUGUGGGAGAAGAUAUUGGGAAGGUAUGUGACAUGGAAGAGCCACUAGAAAUUCCCAUAAUAAAUGAUCUCACCAUGGUAUUGGGUUCCAUAUCUCAGUCAAAAGCAACAGGAGUUGUCAUUGAUUUCACUGACCCUUCGACUGUAUAUGACAAUGUGAAACAGGCAACAGCAUUUGGGAUGAAAAGUGUGGUGUACGUACCUCGUAUUAAGCCUGAUACCAUAACUGCAUUAUCUGUAUUAUGUGAGAAAGCCAGCAUGGGUUGUCUUGUUGCGCCAACUCUAUCCAUAGGAUCUAUACUUCUCCAACAGGCAGCAAUAUCAGCUUCCUUCCACUACAACAACGUAGAGAUUGUGGAAUCAAGGGCCAGUGCGAAGGAUCUUCCGUCACCAGAUGCAGUCCAGAUUGCCAGAAACCUCUCUAAUCUUGGCCAGAUCUACAACAGACAAGAUAUUUCAACCGACGCUCUGGCAAGGGGUCAAGUUCUAGGAGAAGAUGGGGUUCGAGUACAUAGCUUAGUCCUUCCAGGACUUCCUUCAAGUACAACAGUCCACUUCUCAGGCCCAGGAGAGGUGUGGUUUUCCUUUUCUUGUUUUCAGAAGAACGAGCUUGAACAGUUUACCUUUACGAACAUCACAAUCUGUUCCAUAAAUACUGCUUACCACAGGUAUACUCUCUCAAACAUGAUAUCACCGAUGUGCAAUGUCUCAUGCCAGGCCUAAUCUUGGCCAUCAGAAAGGUUGUGCGCCUUAAGAAUCUGGUGUAUGGCUUGGAGAAAUUUUUGUAGUCGUUUUCCGUCUCCACGAUCUGGAACUUUAAUGUGUUCAUGAAUUGAAGAUAAAUAGCAUAUCAUCCUGAAGACAAAAAUUAGAAAGAGAUCGCUCUGAUACGAGAAACAGCAGAGGGGAAAGAGAUUUUUUCUUUUGUUUUUAAUGAAAUGCCAUUCAGUGAGCUUUUGAGAGACUUUAAAAGUUAUGUGAUAUUCAGUCAGAAUCGAACAUGAUGAAGGCCAAAUUUCAUUCAUGCUGCUUUUCUCCGAUAUCAACAGAUAUUAUUGCCUAAGCAGAUACUUCGGGAAAUUUAUAUGUUACUUGGCUAAGUACCACUUGAUUGCUUUUGA